AUGGCUCUAUUGGUAUGUUUUGAUGGGUCGGAGGGGGGAAAUCACCCCUUGAAGUUUAGGCCGAAGUCGUUCAAGGCAGACAGCACAAUCACGGUCGACAAGUCCGGUGAUGGAAACUUCACUUCAGUUCAAGCAGCAGUCGAUUCCGUUCCGCUCAACAACAAUGCCUGGAUAUGCAUCCAUCUUAAGGCCGAUACUUACACCGAAAAGGUCCAAAUAACAAAAGAGAGACAAUUCAUAUACCUUGAAGGAGAAGGCAGAAGUAAUACUGUGAUCCGGUGGGGAGAUGCUGGAGAUGUCACUAAAAGCUCCACCUUCUCAUUGUUCGCAGAUAAUUUUAUGGCGGCACAUUUAACUAUUAAGAAUACAUACGAUGCUGGAAACAUUACGUGGGCACCGGCGGCCAUGUUAAUGGGAGACAAGGCAUUGUUCUACAAAUGCGGCUUUGUGAGCAUUCAGGACACACUGACCGACUCUCAAGGUCGCCACUUCUUUGAUUCCUGCUACAUCGAAAGUGCAAUGGACUUCAUUUGGGGUAGUGGGCAAUCCGUGUACCAGGGUUGCUCUAUUCAUGCUGUAGCUGAUCGCCUCAGAGGCGGUCCAGGUUACAUCACUGCUCAAGGCCGGUCGGAUUCUUCGCAAACAAAUGGUUUUGUAUUCAAGUACUGCAACAUAACAGGAAAUGGUAAAUCGUACCUUGGAAGAGCUUACAAGGCAUACUCGACGGUGAUAUUUUACAAGACAUCCAUGUCCAAUGUUAUCGUUCCCGAAGGUUGGUUUUCAUGGAAGCAAGCGGGCCAGGAGAGUGCCAUAACUUAUGCAGAAAUAGAAUGUGAUGGACCCGGAGCGAGCAUGUCCGGGAGAGUGAAUUGGAUGAAGAAACUGGAAGAUAAAGAGCUGUCUCACUUUAUCGGCUCGAGUUUCGUAGAUGGAGAUGGAUGGAGAGAGAAGAUGCCUAGUCCAGUAGCAUAA